CUUACCUUUAUCCUGACUACCGAUGAGCCAUUUCAAAACAUCUCAACUACCGAAACUCGAUGGGUCCUGCAGCGACCUCCCAUACAAAAAGAGUUCGAUAACCUUCCUGAAUUCGCCAACUGAACCCGAUUUUCCAUGGAUUUCACCCGAACUUACGGACAAUAUCAUCGAUUUUCUGUCCUCUGAUCCUCUCAGUCUUAAGCGCACAAGUCUCGUUUGCAGACUCUGGCUUCCCAGGAGUCGAUUUCAUUUAUUUUCCACUGUGCGCUUGGAGCUAAUCAAACUAAGGAGAAUCAACAAGUUCUUGCAGCUUAUUUCAUCGUCCCACUGUACGAUUCAUAUUGGUACUCUCGUCAUUUCAGCGCGGAUUUUACCUCUGGAAUGGACGUCGGAGUAUCCUGAUGUCGCUGCUAGCGUACAUUCAAUUCUGACCGUCCCUGGUCUCUGUAGGGCUCUAUCUCACGCAAGCUCAUUGGUUCUUGACCACUUCGAUACCACCAAGACAUGCCUGUCAUUCUCCUUCGGAAUCGAAGCCAUCUCUCGAACCUUCACAAACGUUCAAUCCAUAACAUUCAAGCGCAUCCGAUUCAAAAACAGCGCCCACAUGAUGUACUGCGCCCAAUCCUUCCCGUCGGCGACGAAAUGGACCUGCUCCAAGGUCACGUUCGUUGAUGGUGAUGACACCACCGAUCAUCUUCGCGGUUGUGGUGUGGAUUCAGUGGUACAAACAAGCGCAUUGCAUACUGUGGUGCUAGACGAUGUCCCGGGUUGCGUAUAUGAGUGGUUCUUUCUGCAUGAGCAUGAUGAGAAAACCAUGUGCAUGGACACGCUUUCAGCGACUCUGGUCGCUGACGAUAGGCUUCCUUUUUUACGGGGGAUGCUUCUAUCACAGAUUGGGUCCCGCCUGACCGUGUUGGAGAUUUCCUUCCUUGAUCAGUACAUUUCCAGGCAAUCAGACUUUGCACCAUCAUCUCAGAAUCUUCCCGACUUCUCUCGCCUCACCCAGCUACGGAGUCUGAGGUUGUGUGACAUCUCUAUAGAUAUAGUGCCUGGGGCGUACCGAAAGGCCAUCCCGCGUCUGCUCUCGCAAAUACGGUCCCCUCUGUUGGAAGAAGUGUACUUUGAGUGUACCACAUUUGCUCUUCCGCAUCGACCGACGGGAGGGAAGAAGUAUUUGGCCAACAGAUCCUGGAUACAUAAUUUCCUGGAUUGGGAUCUUCUCGCGGUGGUUCUAGCGCGGAAUCAGUUUGGUGAUUUGAGGAAGCUGUGUUUUGUGUGUCCGUCGUAUUAUGGGGCGAGGUUCGUGAGGCUGGUGUGUAGAAAGUUGGAGGACUGUCCGUGUUGCGGAGUUGUUUCGGUUAUUGAAUCCGGGGCGUGAGUUUCAUGGGCUUCGGGUGUAAAGUUGUUGCCUCACGCUGUGCAUUGAGGAUCCAUGGUGUGCUGAAAAGUGAUAGUAUGAAAACUGCUUUGAACAAGAUGUGCAGGAUUGUUUAAAAUUAUGGUUGCCAAAAUGUGUACACUAGAAGUGAGUUAAUGUAGAUAUAAAUUAAUGAAUAGAUACAUGUACAGUACAAACUGCUGUCCAUACUACCCUCUGUCCGUACUUAACUAACUAUC